GAAAGGAAGAGACGAGGGAUCGGAAACCGUGAAAUGGAUGCAAAUUUUGUAGAAAUUAAGGAUCAAGUUUGCGAAGGAAAGAAUUUAUUUUCUCAUUGUGAACUGAUUUUUUUUUUCUUUUAAAAAAAACAAGUAAAGAGAUAAUUUAUGGAGAAUGCGAAUGCAAAGGUCGUGGGGAUUUUGGAGAACUUGAUGAGAAGCCAUUCUUAUGUGUUCAAUCGCAAAAGGUCGAAUGACUCGCCACCCGAUUCACCCGAUCCAAUUCCUCAGCUCUCCGCUCUUGCAAAUUCCGUCGUGUUUCGCUGUUCCAAGAUCCUUCAAGUCCCCACUGAAGAUUUACUGCACUGUUUUGAGACAGAGCUACCCGAGAGUGUACAAAAUAUCUUGACAUAUGCUAGGCAUUUUCUGGAAUUUUGCUCGUAUCAAGCACUUAAUCUGUUGAUUAAAAGUCCUGAUUAUUUGAGUGACAAGGAAUUCCGUCAUUUGACGUAUGACAUGAUGCUUGCAUGGGAAGCUCCUAAUAUUGAGAGUGAAACACCAGAUAAAGAAAAUGCUUCUUGUAGUAAUGAGGAAGUAGAGGGUGACGAUGGCUGGUCACUAUUUUAUUCAAAUUCUACGACUAUGGCAAUUCAGGUUGAUGAGAAGAAAACUGUUGGUCGAGAGGCUUUUGCACGAAUAGCUCCUGUUUGUGCUGUUGUUGCUGAUAUAAUAACUGUUCACAAUCUUUUCGAUGCACUGACAAGUUCUUCAGGACAUCGACUUCAUUUUCUUGUAUAUGACAAAUACAUUCGAAGCCUUGACAAAAUUAUCAAGUCUGCAAAAAAUGCAUUCGCCUCUUCAAUUGGAAAUCUUCAUCUUUCUGAGGGGGAAAUUGUCAUUGAUGUUGAUGGUACUGUUCCGACUCAGCCGGUUCUUCAACACGUUGGAAUCUCUGCAUGGCCUGGGCGAUUGACACUGACCAACAAUGCUCUGUACUUUGAGUCAUUGGGAGUUGGUUUAUAUGAUCAAGCCAUUAGAUAUGAUCUGGCAACAGACAUGAAGCAAGUCAUAAAACCUGAGUUGACUGGACCGCUGGGUGCUCGUCUUUUUGAUAAAGCUGUGAUGUACAAGUCAACAUCUAUAGCAGAGCCUGUUUAUUUGGAGUUUCCUGAAUUUAAAGGCAAUUCUCGCCGUGACUAUUGGUUGGAUGUAUGUCUUGAGAUCCUGCAUGCACACAGGUUUAUUAGGAAACACAACUUUAAAGGGAUUCAGAAAUUAGAAGUACUUGCAAGGGCUAUUAUAGGCAUACUCCGAUUUCGUGCAGUUAGAGAAGCCUCCAACUUUUCCGCAUCUCAUUACAAAACCUUACUUGCCUUCAACCUGGCUGAAAGUCUUCCAGGGGGUGAUACGAUUUUGGAAACUUUGUCAUGUCGCUUGGCACUUCUGAAUGUUGGUGCCACCCAUCAUGAUGGUACUGGGACUGCAUGUGCAAAGCGAUGGUCGACUCUGUCCCCGACAAAAUGGCAGCCAACGUUGUCCCCAGUUUCACUUCUGACUCUAGAUCGAUUGGGAUUCACAUUACAAAAAGAGGCAAAUCUAGAUGGAGAAGUAGUAAUGGUUGGAGAAGUUUGUGUCGGAGAGAUAAAUCCCUUGGAAAUGGCAGUGAAACAGUCAGUAUUGGAAACGGGGAGGGCUGAAGCUGCUCAGGCGACUGUGGACCAAGUGAAGGUGGAAGGAAUUGAUACAAAUGUUGCUGUAAUGAAGGAGCUACUGUUUCCAGUUAUCGAGUCAGCUAGACGGCUUCAACUGUUGGCCUCAUGGGAAGACCCUACUAAAUCAACAGUCUUUCUGGUGUUGACUGGCUACACUAUUUUGAGGGAGUGGAUCAGAUACAUGUUGCCAGCUAUUUUUUUUGUCAUGUCGAUUCUCAUGCUCUGGCGCAAGCAUUUUAAUAGAGGGAAGACAUUGGCAACCUUCAGAGUAACACCUCCCCCAAAUAGAAAUGCUGUAGAGCAGCUGCUGGCAUUGCAAGAAGCCAUCACUCAAGUUGAAGCACUAAUUCAAGCUGGGAAUAUUAUUCUCUUGAAGAUAAGGGCUCUCUUAUUUGCCAUACCUCCACAGGCCACAGACAAGGUUGCUCUACUGCUGGUUUUCAUGGCUGCAGCAUUUGCGUUUGUGCCUUUAAGAUACGUAGUUCUACUAGUAUUUCUAGAGUUUUUCACAAGGGAAAUGCCAUAUAGGAAAGAAAGCAGCGACAGGUGGGUUAGGCGGGUUAAAGAAUGGUGGGUUAAAAUUCCAGCUGCUCCCGUCCAGCUCCUUAAAGUUGAUGACGAUAAAAAAAAGAAAUGAGAAUUGCUUGUAAACGACAAAGUGAAACUGCAGUUCCAGUUGACAGUCUUGGCUACGAUGUGCUCAUGUCAAUACAUAGUUAAGAUGCUGAUUAUAUUUGUUCUUGCGGUACCCCUUUUUGUAUGUUAAUAGGAAACUAUAUUCCCUCACAUUUGGAGCCAGAAUAAAUUGAAUUUGAUUCA